AUGAAUGCUCUGGACUUUGCCUUCUUCUGCCUACUCAUUGUAGCAACUGAGUCCAAAAAGUAUCUAAAAUGCCAAUUGCAUGAUGAACUGAUAAUCCGAGGACUGGAUGGUUAUCAUGGUAUUGGUAUAGGACACUGGUUGUGUUUGGUCCUAUUUUCCAGUCAGUUUGACACAGCACACUACGAGUUUACAGAUGGCCAUCCAUAUUAUGGAUUAUUUUAUCUGAGUGGCUUAUUGUGGUGUGACAAUGGGAGGCAUCCCACAAAGAAUGGGUGCAAUAUUGACUGUGAGAAGUUCCUGGAUGACAAUAUCGCAGAUGAUAUUGAGUGUGUGAAGAAAGUUUCUGCAAGCAAGAAAGGGAUGUUUGUUUGGAAGACCUUUGAAGAAUACUGCAUACACCCUAUGCCUUCAAUAUUGUAUUGGGAAUGUAACAGGCAUUGA